AUGGCAACUUCGAAAAAAUCUAGUGGAAGCAUCCACAAAAUACGUGAAUUCGAGCUUGAUAAAGUGGUGCUGUCGGACGAGUUUGACAUCUUACAAAUUGUCGGCGAAGGAUGGUUUGGCAAAAUACUGCUCGUAGAGCAUCGUGCUACCGACACCGAGAUGGUACUGAAGCUGUUACCCAAACCGUUCGUCUCGCUGACAGACUUUUACAAGGAAUUUCACUUCAGUCUCAUGCUGGGACAGCAUAAAAACAUUGUUACCACCUAUGAUGUCGCUUUCGAAACGGCCGGAUUCUACGUUUUCACCCAGGAGUAUGCACCAUUAGGAGACCUUACCUCGAACGUGUCGGACAGUGGGAUCGGCGAGCUGCACACAAAGCGCGUUGCCAGGCAGCUUGCUUCAGCGAUCGAUUAUAUUCAUCAAAAAGACCUCAUCCACCGGGACAUCAAGCUAGAUAAUGUGUUGGUGUUUCGAUCGGAUUUUGCACGCAUCAAGCUGUGUGACUUUGGCGAAUCGAGGAAACUAGGCGAGGAGGUACUGAGGCGUAAUGAAUGGCUCCCGUACAGUCCUCCCGAAGUGUUGCUAGUAAAAACGGAUGAUAAAUACAAGACUGAUACGGCUCACGACGUGUGGCAGUUUGGCAUCGUAUGCUUUGUGUGUCUGACCGGCUGCUUACCCUGGCAAAAAGCGUCGAUCGAUGAUCCUCGUUACAAUCGCUACCAGCAAUGGCAUCAGGCAACGCUCACCUUCCCGAUGAAGCGCUGUCCCAAGCUGUUCAAACUGCUUUCCGCAAGGGCGUGCAAACUGUUCAAAAAGUUUUUGGACCCACGCUCCGACAGGCGGCUUAAGACGCUGAGCGAUUUGCAAAAGUAUCUGGAUGAUCGAUGGCUUGGGAAAACCGCCGAAAAGGAGAUGGCUGAAAAUGAGCCCGAUGAGCUUUGUCCGUCCAUGUACUCCUUCCACAGCAGUGUGGAGGAAAAGAAUAAGCUUCUCGGGACGCUGGCCCAGUGUGGCAUCGAGACGACCGUUGAUCGUGCCGCAAAGAAAAACCGCAUUCGAGACUGGAUCCAAUCGUCGGUGAUCAUGGAAGAAGAGGAGGAGGAUGACUCGGGAUCGGCUACUCCCUCAUCGACUGUUUCGCGAACAGCGGUUCCCGGGCACGUAUCUUCCGUAGCCGCACUAGAACGGGCGGAGAAAAAGAUCAACUCUACCGUAAAGGAAGCGUCACACAAACAUAUCGACCCGAGGACAGGAACCGUUCAGGUUGGUCCGAGUGAGAUGGGUUCGGUUAACGUUCGGGACAGCAACAAUAAUAACUGGUCGUCGCCAAACAUUAACGGACAUUCGAUUCCCCCAAACGCUGGAAAACAUAGUCUUCUCAUGGCUACGCACGGUCUCGUGAAGGAGGCAUUUAAUACGGUCGCGUCAGUUACGGUACCAGCCACAGAAAUCGGACGUAACGGGUCGUUUGAUAAGAAGAGUAGCAUACAGGACAGUGGUUACGGUAGCUUAAAGGGCGGUGGGCUCAAAAGUGGACCAAACGGUAGGAAAAUUUCCAAAUCGCCAACACUUCCCAAACGCUCCACCUUCAUACGUUCGGAGAACAAUCCCUUCGAAGAACAAGAAUCAGGCGAAGAACGCGACAGUCAGAGUAUGGAGUUUGACGAGCUGGAAACCGACCGUGGAUCGGACGGCUUUCUCAAUGCAGUACCCGCCAAACAAGUGCCCGAGAAACCUCAGAAAAGCACAUACGACAAGAUUUUCUUCCGGAGAAAAUAA